AUGGGCAAACCACGGCUCAUCAUCCUCGUCCGCCAUGCGCAAUCCGAAGGAAACACGAACAGAGCAAUCCACCAAGUUGUCCCAGACCACAGAGUCAAGUUGACAGACGAAGGACACAAGCAGGCAGAAGAAGCCGGUCGCCGCCUCCGCCAUCUCUUAAAACCAGACGAUACCCUCCAGAUAUUCACAUCGCCCUACCGUCGAACCCGCGAGACGACUGAAGGCCUGCUCAAGACCCUGACCUCGACGUCCGAAGAUGGUGGCCCUUCGCCAUUCAGUAGAUCGAAGAUCAAGCUGUACGAGGAGCCUCGAUUGAGGGAGCAAGACUUUGGCAACUUCCAACCAUGCUCAGCGGAGAUGGAGCGAAUGUGGAAAGAGCGCGCUGACUACGGCCACUUCUUUUACCGGAUACCCAAUGGUGAGAGUGCGGCAGAUGCGUAUGAUCGCGUCAGCGGGUUCAAUGAGAGUUUGUGGAGACAGUUUGGGGACAAGGAGUUUCCGAGCGUGCUGGUGCUGGUUACGCAUGGGUUGAUGACGCGGGUCUUCUUGAUGAAGUGGUACCACUGGUCCGUCGAGUACUUUGAAGACCUCCGCAACGUCAACCACUGCGAGUUCGUGCUCAUGAAGAUGAACCAAGACUCUGGCAAGUACAUUCUCGACUCUGAGCUUCGGACGUGGUCGGAGUAUAAGAGGCAAAAACAAGUGGAGAUAGCUAGGAGGAACCCUUCACGACGCAACACGCUUUCCGCUUUCCUGCAAGCAGCGCCAUCACAGGCUGAGAAGAGUCCUAGCAUUACUGGCCGGCAAUGGGGCGGUUGUCCGGAAGGCUGCACGCACAAUCACGAGCACAUCAGGAGAGAAGAGAUCGAUCCCAGUCUACCACCACCGGCUGCUGAGGUAGACCAGCCUGCGGAGAAUGAAAACGAUGACCAUGCACUCGGCCCACAUGAGCCUGCCGCGCAUGCCCCUGUGGACGGAGCAGCAGAUUCGCAGAGGCUUGCGCCAACCAAGUCUGUACCUUCCUACCUUCUGGCACCAGGUACAUCCACCUCGGGUGACGCCACGCCCCACGAGAUGCCUUCAGACGACGAGAUCGAGUCAUACCCUUUCCCGCCACAGACCAGCAGUCGGAAGGCUCCCGAGAUAUCGCAGCGCAGCAUCGCCACCGCUAUGCGCAGGAAACCGGAGCGGAAGGCCACACCCGAAGACAUCGAGCGCUGGACGAACGAGAGCGGCAUGGGACGCGGCAAGCAGGCGGACGCACUUGGAGAUGAGCCUGAGCUGUCUAGUGAGGAGAUCGAAAAGGCUGAGAAGGAGGAUAAGAGUUUGAGAGGGAGUGUGUAUUAG